AGUUUAUUUAAUUAUUGUAGAUUGUGUCAUCCGCGGACUUGUUACGCUCACAGUAUAUUUAUCGGGCCGCAGCACCGUGCGGCCGUGUUCGUGUGCAGCUUUGACGCGCUCUUGCAUUGCUGUCGGACUGCCAGUGGAGUCAUGACGCUCAUGGAGUUCAUCGGUUGCGCCCUGAUCGGUUUCGGACCGGCGCUGUCUAUGUUCGCCAUCACCAUCGCCAGGGACCCGAUCCGAAUAAUCAUAUUAAUCACCGCGGCAUUUUUCUGGCUCCUGUCGCUGCUGCUGUCAUCUAUUGUUUGGUUUGCGGUGGUGCCACUGCGGAAGCAGUUGGCCUUUGGAGUCGUCUGCUCGGUGGCUUUCCAGGAAGCCGGCCGCUUUCUGUUUUACAGAGUGCUCAGGAAAGCCGAGUUGGGUCUGAAGAAGGUGACUGAGGUUGGCGCAGAUGGCGCUGUUGUGUCCAGUUCUCGCACAACGCUUUCCUACGUGUCCGGCCUGGGCUUUGGGGUGAUGAGUGGCGUGUUCUCGCUGCUCAACGUGCUGGCUGAUGCUAUUGGUCCCGGCACAGUGGGACUGAACGGCGGGUCAUCCUGUUUCUUCCUCACAUCAGCAUUGACGACAAGCGCGUUCGUGCUUCUGCAUACCUUCUGGGGGGUGGUGUCCUUCCACGCCUUGGACCAUGGCCGCUGGCCCCUGGUGGCCUUCGUCGGCAUCGCACAUCUAGUCGCCUCGUGCCUGACGCUGCUGAACCCUGCCGGCUACUACGUUGCCUCCCUGGUGCCUAUCUACCUCUUGCUGUUGGUGUCUGGCAUUCUGGCAUUCCAUGCAGCGGGUGGACGGGUUCAUGCGUUGGUGCGCUUCAAGGGACAAAGCCUGCCACAGCAGCAACAGCAGCAGCAGGCUUCGCCCCACUGAACAGCACUCCGUCCACACCGUGGCACCAACUCGCAUCGUGUCAGCGGGACUGACUGACAGACUGAUAUGUUCUUCGUUUCCGAGUGCUCAUUUCUUUUAUGAAUAAUGUAUUCUUAAAAUGAUGUCAUCCCAGAACAAUUUGAUAUACUAUGUGCGAUAACAAUUGAAAGAGGUCUCAUUUUUUGUCGUGAAGACAUCUCUGUAGGUGAGGCGCAUCGGCUGCAUCGUGGAGAUGGCACAACCUCGCCGAGUGACCUGCUGUAAAGAAAUACCUAAGAUGCAAAUGGUGUUUAGCCAAUUUUUUGGAUGUGAGGAAAGUAUGUUAUGUGAAGAUUUUGUUGGCUUUCACAUAGACAGUGUAGACGACCAAUCCAUGUAACGUGAACAGGGGCCCAUUCAGUCAAGUCUAAUGUCUGCACUUGCCGUCGACUGCCAGGUGUUCAGUUCAAAUAGAGCUCAACAGGUUGAAUUGACGGAUUAGUACAUGCACGUUCAUCAGAAAGCCUACAGUUAAUGAACAGACACAAAGAGGUGAUAGGACAAUGCACAUACAUGGCCUGUUAGAAUAGCAUGGAUGACUUGUAGCUUUCCAUCAGGUCACAGAACUGAAUCAGAGUUGCAGCGGCUGCGUUUCAGUAGGCACAACAUGCUAAAGCGCAUGUUAUUUCGGCAUUGAGUGCUACUUCAGAACAUUCGAGUUGGUCAGAACCAAUUCCCUUCUUGCAUGCUUCAUAGCCAGGUACAAUUUCAAUGCGUAAAGCUGUAUAACUUUUAAUCGAAGGAAAGCAUGGCGUUUUCGUCUUAUGAAAGUGUCCUAUUUGUGUCAAGUUUAUUACAGGUAGAGCAAGCAUUCUUUGAUAGGUUGAUUUGGAAGACUUGAUUUUACCUAAUUACUCAAGAAGCAAGUGGUAUUCCUGGGGACUGAGACAUCCCUGCAAGGGUCAGUGUAAUAAAGACCUGCACAGCCAAUGCCAUGAAAAGAAUGUUUGAAGAAUCGUGUGACAUGACUCCGCUUGCUCACUUGUGCUAUCAUCGCUUAUUAUUGUGUGAAUUUUUAAUGCACUGUCUCACUGUUCAAUCUGAAAAGUUGCUCGGUCACUUGAAGUCUUAAAGAAUAGUUUGCCUGAGGACUCUUACCCAGGAGCACUGUAAACUAGACUCACACUUGAAAGGCCCCAUAGCGUUUUGAAUGCUAUGGUGCAUUUUCAUUGCCAUGAUGACACUGCAGAAUUCAGGAGAAAGCCUAUAGAAUGCCAGCUUUCGUAAGCUCGCAAAAAUUUGCACUGAGGAUGAAUGUGGUGAUUGGUUGAGAAUGACGGUGAUAAAAUGUGCCCAGAUUUGGCAAGUAGUUCCUGCUGAAUAGGCGAAGACUACAUGCAGCAAAUGGUUGUGUGUCUGCAAGUUGCAGUUAAAAUGUCUACUUUCAUGUGAUUAUAUUUAUUUCACUGCUGUUUCUGUAGCAGUUUUGAUGUCAUGGAUAUUUUAGCAGACCAGAAGUAGCAGAUUGGGUACAGUACUUGAUAUACCAAGCUGACAUGGCAAUGGGAGGUACGGUGAUACCUCCUGUGUACUGUACGAUGUCAGUGCGUGUGCCAGACGGUACGAAAUUUCUGGAGCCCUCUACUAUGGCGUGCCUCGUAAUCUUAUUAUUACAGUUAUGCAAUGUAAGGAGAAGCAGUCUUAUUGGCUGAAUGAAGCAUCCCAGUAGACCCUAGUUCUGUCAGUACCGGUGCUGCCAAAAUGGUAAGAACUGCAAAGUGGCACGACCAAAGUUACCAGACCCCUUGGAGACAUGUGCCAACCAGUCACAGUCACAAAACCGCCACACUUAUGCAACUCCUGGUGAACCCUUGCCUUUCAUUUACUAUUUACGUUUCUGCGUAGAUCAUAUGACUGCGAGUUUUUUAUGUGUGGAUGAACUUUCCUGCAUGAUAAUGCUUCCUUGGAGUGCAUUUAGACUGAUCAAAGGUGCCUGCUUCCGAUGGACGCUUUGUGGCUGUUUUGAGGCAUGCGAUUAUAUGAAGAUACGAUAAUGCCGACAGCUGCAUAAAAAAAAUCUAUACGGCCACAAAGAGUGCAGUGUUUAUGCGUUAUCGUUUAUAUGUUAUGUGGGUCGUUUAUGUUAUAAAUCUUGUGCAGCACCGACCCUUAGAUCAAGAAAGUUGGGAGUGGGGUUAAGGCAGGACGAGUUGAACUGAGAUGGUGUGUCGGUAUAAAUAAGAGGUCAACGGUAGGCUUCGUCAUGAGGAUGGUGGCUUGUACUUAACAUAUGUGCUAUCAGUUGAAAUACGCUUCGUCUUAUGAAAUAGAUAUGAUGAAAGCGCCCUGAAUGCGCGUGGAUGUUUUGUUGAAUAAGCACACUUUCUAACAGUGUCGCCCGUGCAGAGCAGGCCUGCAUGUCUGUAAGGCCGUGCAUGUUCCUGUGCACAUGGCGUCACAACUCUCAAUGGCUGCAAGGUGUCGCACCGCAGAGUGAUACGUGGCUGCAGCUGUACAUACAAGGUCACUGUAAAAGUGCAGUCGUGCGAAUAGCCCCUGUUCUAUUUGUAUAUGUGUUAAUCGUGUCGCACGUGCAUAUGCUUUAUUCCAACGUCUGGGAUCUUGGAGUGGGCCUUUGCUGGUUGGCUAAAUACCAGGUAGUCUUCCUGUUCUUUAAGAUUUGGGGCUUUUUUUUUUUUUCAUUUGAAGCUUGACCAGCUUCUUUUUCUUGUUUGGCUGUAUUUGAAGGUGCACUGGUGUCCAGGAAUUCUCCUGGUCAGGACCGUUCCCCGUGGACGGCCUCUCUGCAGCAUGGUGACCUUCCUUUUGACGUGUUUCUCCGCAGUGGUGUGAGCAGCAUUCCCGUCGCUCUGGUUGGUCACUUCAUUAAAUUAAAUUAUCACAAGGCCAUUCAAGAACACCUGCAUGCAGUGUUCCCAAACUACCAGAGCAUAAGUGAUGUGUGGCAUUUGGUCGCAGUAGGAUAGUAUGCAGAUCGCCAGACCAGGACUAUGUAAGAGAUCUUCUGAAAUGUUCAUUCUUUGUAUUGAUUCCACCACCCAUCCGGCUUGCACUGAAGGCAUCGUACGAGGUGUAAACACGCAACUGAGGCCAGCUGAAGCUCUUGAGAAGCUUUCUGUGGCAGGCGUGGUGGCGGUUUAUCGAUGCAAUCGAGUUGUGAAUGACAAGCGCAUCCCGACAGAGUCAGUGAUUGUGACAUUUUCUGGCACUUCCUGUCCUUCUGGGAAUAAAGCGUGGCCAUUAGUGUUUAGAGCAGAUCAGCGGGUGUCUUGUCUAUUACAACGCAAGAACUGCUGGAAAUUUCGGUCGUAGUGUUGGUGGCCUGCAAGUUGGAGGGGCGAUGUAGCAGAUGUGGGGAACAUCAUGCAAAUUGCGAAUGUACGGCACAAGGAUGACGUGUUGUUUGUAGUGGUGGACAAAAUGUUGCCAACUAUUGAGAUUGUCCAAUUCAGACAACAAUAAAUGCAAGUUCUGGAA